AUGGGCAAAGAUAAGGAUGCAUUGGGAGUACUCUUUGGGGGUAUGAUAACCUACCUUGUUGUUGCCCUUGUCUUCAUUUGCCUCAGAUUCUACUCCAAGCGCAUUGCGAAGUCGAAGUUCCACCUGGAUGAUUGGGUACUCGUUCUCUCCUUUAUCAUAGAGCUCAUAUACACGGUCAUAGUCCUCUGGCAGACGAACAAUGGCCUUGGCGUGCCCGUCGAGAAGCUAAUAGCUAGCGGUGACAUGGUCAAGGUCAUGCAGAAGGUGGUCGUCCUCCUCAAAUGGUCCCCGAUCAUGGAACUCUUCGCAGUCUUAGGCACCGCCGUCUCCAAACUUUCCUUCUGCAUUACCCUCCUUCGGCUCGUUGUCAAGAGAUGGCAGAAGAUCGCAGUUUGGUUCUUGAUCACCACCUGCACAGCCAUCACCCUGGGCAUCUCCAUCAUCUCCUUCUUCCAGUGCACCUUUCAGGCGAUGCCGAAUCCACUUCUGGGGGAAAACAGUUAUUGCGUCAAGCAGCAGAGUGUAAAAACGUAUAACACAUUCUCAUCUGCUUACCAUGUGUUUAUGGACUUCGCCCUCUCUUUGGUUCCCACCCUAGUGAUCUGGAGAUUGAACAUGGAGGACCGCCGAAAGAUCAGCAUCAUAUCCGCCAUGAGUUUGGGCUUCAUUGCCGGAGGCGUCGGACUUGGCAAGACAGUCAUGAACGCCACCCUCGGUGACAACGGCACCUACAACAUCGCAACGAUGCUAGUCCUGGUUCAAGCCGAGAUCACGGCCACGAUAGGAGCCGCUUGUGUUCCCUUCUGCAGCCCGUUGGUGCGCAAAAUCAGGGCCAGAAUGAAGGGGGAGAGUUACGAUCCUGAGGCUGGAAUCGCUGGAUCUGGACCCAGACCGGUGCCCUUGGCUAUGGGUGUUUUGCAACGCAAUCGGCAGAGCAAAGGACAUGCGAGGCUUGAAAGUUCGAGUGAUUCUUAUACUCAGCCGUCGACAGGUAAGGAGGACGACUCGGUUGCCAUCCUGGAGGUUGACAGCGGAAUGCAGCGCUGA